AUAGCUUUUAGUACCGAGAAAAAGAAUUGUGAGGGCGCUAUUUGUUGUUUAUGUUAUCAAUCGCGAUUGUAAAUCUGGUGUGUGUGGAGUGGGGCCUCAAUCACAGUCGCCAGUCAGUACAGGGAUAUAAGGUUCUUCCUUUUUAUUUAUAACUUAUUACAAAAUGUACAUUGCAAACUAUUUAUGUGCUAGAGUAUUUACAAUUACCGUGCAUCGCGCUCCCAGUGUAGGAGAAAUGGCAAGGCAUAGGCCUACCAGAUGCCUUGGCUUGCUAGGCCCACCGGCACCAGCACUAGUCCUACGUUCUCGGCAGGGCGACGCCGACGGGCGGCGAUCUAUGACCAUUACUCCGUACAAGAAAAGGAAGAGGAUGCUGCUUGGGGGAAUUCCUCGGGAUCAAUUCGACAACGCAGAAAAAUCGCGAGAUUUUGCGAUGGAACUGCUGCCAGAUGAGCGACAACUUCUUCUAUCAGAACUUCAUAAGCUGCAAUCGAAAAAACAGAAUGAAGAAGGUGCCCAUUUAUACUCCUGGGUGAAGAGUGCAAAUGCAGUUGUUGUGCCCAAGGACACAAGCGCUGUGACGAGCAUCGGUUUUGAGCCCCCAAACUUGUCGUCGAAGGUUCAAUGCCUUAAAGCCGGCCACUCACUGCGCCUGCCGGUUUUCGGCUGACACGAUUCAAUGGAGAACACAACGUUCGCGCAUCGGAUCAUUUUUAAAUGACGAUCCUUGCAGACUGCCACCGACAAUCAGCAGAUGGCGUGACAUCGUCUAGCGCUCAUUGGAAGUGGAGUAGUAAUCGUUUGCCGAUGGUCAUACGACAGUCGUGUGACGCAGUCAGAGCCUGGCUUUACACACUGCGCCAGCCACACACUUUUUUAAGUGGAUUACCUAGAAAAUCAUUUUGUGCAAUUUGUAAUUGAGGAUUCAUGAAUAAUUAUUUAUCAUGCUUUUGUUACACUGUGCAAAUCUUGAAGACUGAACUAUUCAUAUUCGGUUAAGUAUUGAUGUCCACAAGAAUAGAAUAGCAUAAAUACAACCUAUUUGAAUAUUUUUUUUUUCUCUAUAUUUUAAUUAUAAUUUUUACAUAAUCUUACAGAUGUGUUUUUUUGUCCAAAUACUGUCAUAUGAAGAUUGAAACUAAUCAACAAAAUUUAU